CACUCAGUACCACAACAAACAUGUCUGCUGCUAGACCUAACCUACCGCCCUGCCCACCUUCCCUCAGAACUGUCCAGCACUACAUUAGACUAGCCACCGAAUAUGACAAGAGAGAACCUGUGGUGGCCUACUGGUCACGACUCUACGCUUUACAAACAGCUCUCAGACUGGACCGUAAGUCACCAGAGGCUCGAGCCGUGCUUACAGGUCUGAUGGACUACCUUGAAACUUUUAAGAAGGAACAUGCUGAUAAUGAGUCGGUAACAAACGAUAUCGCAGGUCAGGCCCUGGUAGAGAAUGUAGGGCAUAAGCUCUUCAUGUGGGCUGAUGGUGAGGAUCGUGCUGCUAGGUUUAACAAAAAUGUUGUCAAAGUCUUCUAUACAGCUGGUCUCUUGUUUGAUGUUUGUGAAGUUUUUGGUGAGAUAUCAGAAGAAGUUGCCUCUCAGAGGAAGUAUGCCAAAUGGAAAGCUACAUACAUUCACAACUGUCUCAAGAAUGGCGAGACACCCAUCCCUGGACCAAUGGGCGGAGAUGAUGAAGGUUUAGGUGAAGAAGAUGGAGGAGGAGAGGGAGACCAGGAAGGUGCUGUGGGUGGAUCAUCAGGUGUGGCAAUGGGAUGGUCUCAUCCAUCACAGCCACAUCCUGGUUUACCAUCUGUGCCUGGAUCCACAGAUUAUAGUGGUCUACCAUCAGUAUCAUCAUCCUCACCUCCACCACCUGCAGCUGGGCCUCCAGCAAUGAUGGGCUCUAAUAACUUCUCUGAUCCACUUUCUCAACCACAGGUGCCUCAUUCUUUGCCAGCACAACCCCCACCAACUAAUGUAUAUCACUCACCAGCACCACCAACUACAGGUGGCAGUGUGACACUAAGUCCUGACAUGAUUGGGAAAGCUCAGAAGUACUGCAAGUGGGCUAUUUCAGCUCUUGACUAUGAAGAUUCUAAGACUGCCAUUAAUAACCUCCAGAAGGCACUCACUCUUCUUACCACGGGACGUGAUAGUUGAAUAAUUGUGUCGGUACUGGCGGUAUCUUCGUACUUGAUUUAAUUUUUGUAUGAACUAUAUUUGAUGAGGUUUUCAUUUGAGGAUUGAGAUGAUUUUAUUGUUAGAAUGAAAAGCUUGAGUCAGAAGCUUUUAACAUGUCACUCCACAGCAUAACAAAUUUAGGGAUGCUACUGUGUAGACAAAAAGAUGUUAACUAGAGGUGAAUUAAAUAAUGGGCCAAAGAACUAUUAAUCCAGAGAAUAUAUGCAUGAGAUGUUCAGUUAAAGACCCCUCUAACCAGAUAUAUAUCCUACAGCAUAAUAAUCAUUCUGAGAUGGAGGGAUAAUUAUUUCCUUAACCCUUUAGAGGGCAGCAGGCAUCUCUCUCACCUGAAUGAAAUUGUCUGGUAUUAGUCAGAAUAUAACUACUAAGUGUGUCACUGCCCUCUAAACAGUUAAUGUUAUUUUUCUUGCCAGUGUGGUACAGCACAGUACCUGGUACAGUAUAUGUAUUUAGAAAUUGCAUAUAUA